UUUCGUUUCCUCACAGUCAGGAAACCAAGACAGAGACAGACGUGACCGCAGGAGUUGGGCCAUGAAGCUUCUACUCUGGUCCAGUUUGCUGGUGUUGUGGGUCCUGCAAACUGGGACGGAGGAAAACACUUCAAAUAUCUGCCUGGAAACUUCUGAGCAGUCGGGUAUUCACGUGGAGACUGCGACAGAAGAGGAUUAUGUGGAUGAAAAUGACGUCAGUGAAACCUUUGUCUGCCUGCUUCAUCCGUCAGAUGAGCUGAACUGCUCCUGGUCGUUCCACACUUUACAGAGAGAUGAUCAGCUUUCUGUUCAGAUCAGAGUUUGCAAUGGUAGUGAGGAAGUUCAGUCCCUGAAAGAAGAGUCUGUCAAGCGAGAUGGGUGGGCCUCUUUGGACAUCCCUGACCCUGAGGACAACUUCGUAGUGCUCCAGUUCAACAUGACCCUGCAUGGCGAGUGGAAAGCUUACACCUACAAGUACGACAAGGACAAGCUAGAUUUAUUGUCUCCUCCUUCAAACAUCAGUGUGUCAGUGGAAAAUGACACCCUGUUCAUAACCUGGGGUCUGCCGAGCAGCCGAGGAACCUAUCACGCCCGCUGCUUUGAGUACCAGCUGAACAUGGGUGACCAGUUUGAAUGGCAGAACGAGGACGAACCAAUCAUCGACGGUCAGCAGUCGUAUAAGAAGUCGAACGCAGAUCCCGCCCACGCCCACAGGCUGAGGAUGAGGGCGAGGGUUUCAGACUCCUGCUCUGGUUGCUCUGAAUGGAGCGACUGGAGUCACGAUGUCGUGGUGAAGCAGCCGCUCCACACGUUCAACCUUGUGGCGGUUGUCUUGCUUUCACUGGGAAUGCACCUGGUGCUCCUGGCCGUCCUGCUGUUCCUGCGUCGUCGGAGGGUGUGCGACGUUCUGUUCCCUCCGAUUCCUCGUCCACCGCUCAAGUACAAAUAUUUCCUGGAAAAAAGCGACGCCUUUCAAUUUUUCGACCUGGCCGUGCCGGCAAGGCCUGAAGAGGAAGUCACAGAGGUUGAAUACAUGGUGAAAAAACCGCCAAACGUAAUUUAGCGGGAAUACCAAAUGGAUCUGAAAAAAAACAAAAAAAAACCUGUUUCAUCAGAAUGUAUACAGAUUUUUUUAAGAAAUAGUCCUAUUUAAAGCAAGUAUGUAU